GAUUUUAACGAGACUACAACGAGAAGAAAGACGAGAAAGAUUAAUGAUGUGCAGAUGAAAUCUUAAAUACUUUCACUGUUAAUUUUUUACCUGUUGUGCAAUUCUGCAGGGAUUGCCUCAGGUUUUGUUGAAGAGUUUUCUUACAUCAUGUCAUCUGAAAAAAACCCAGCUAUGGAUUCCGAUGUGGAAUCAAAAGUUGCCCAAAACAGACGUAGUCAGUGGGUGAAGCUGAACGUUGGUGGGACUGUGUUUUUGACGACAAGGACGACACUUUGCAGGGAUCCCAAGUCGUUUCUAUACAGACUAAUACAAGACGAGCCAGAUCUGAACUCAGACAAGGAUGAGAAUGGUGCUUAUCUUAUUGACCGGGAUCCUACAUAUUUUGGACCUGUCCUGAAUUACCUCAGACAUGGGAAAUUGGUACUAAACAAGGACUUAGCUGAGGAAGGUGUGCUAGAGGAAGCUGAGUUUUACAAUAUCACAGAAUUAAUAAAGCUGGUCAAAGAGAAAAUCAAAGAGAGAGAUGCCAAACAAAAUCAGUCCAGUACCAAAAGUGUGUACCGUGUGUUACAAUGCUCAGAAGAGGAACUUACACAAAUUGUUUCGGCGAUGUCAGAUGGCUGGAAGUUUGAACAGCUGGUGAACAUAGGGUCCCAGUAUAACUACGGGAGUGAAGAUCAUGCUGAAUUCCUUUGUGUUGUAUCUAAAGAAUGUCCCAAUAUUGUCAAUGGGCAGGAAUCAGAACCAUCUGAGAAAGCCAAGGUGUUGCAACAGAAGGGUUCUCGGAUGUGAGACUAGACAGAGCUUUUCUUACCUGAAGCCAUCUCAUCACACCGACCAACUCAUACAACAGACUCAUCACGUGGGGGCACCUGUCCCCUGACCCAAAACCCCACUCAGACAUCCACCUUUUGGUGCAUUAUUUGACUGAAAUCUACAUGUAAACAGGAAUGACUUUCAUUAGUUAAUCUAACUUUCUGAGUUGGUUUUAAAAACACAACUAGUAAUGCAGAAGAAUCAUCCAUUUUGUUGAUGUUUUGAUAUUAGUUGGAUCCCUAUUGUUGGUAAUGUUGAAGAAACUUUGGAUUUGGUAAACACUUUUAAGCCUAGAACAAUUGAAAGUGCUUGAUUCUUGAUCUCCCUCUAACAUCUCCUGUUGGUUAUGAUAAAACUCAGUCACCUCAGCAUCUAGCAUUAGACAUGAUUAAAGGCUCCUCAGUUGUCUGUCAAAAAUGUACACUAUUCAUAUUAGUAUGCUGCAAUAUUUGUUCAUAUGUGUGACCAAAAACCCUCGAAAAGAAUGUGCUAGGCAUUUGUGUGCUUUUAUAACUUUGUUUCCAAGGUUUGUAGACAUAUAAUUAUUUUAUGAUACUGUAUUUUUUCAUCUCUUGGUCUUUUAUAUAUAACUUUGAUAAAAUGCCUUUCAUUUAUUAUUGCCAUAUUUUACUUGAUAAUUGGUGGGCUUUCUAUAAUGAUAAACAUUUUAUUAUUUCGCACAAAAGAAAGUUUAUUUUUAAUAUUGCGUGGUUUUACAUCACAUCACUGUAAGAUUUCCAAUCUUGAAAGAGUUCAUUUUUAUGAUGUGUGAUUUGUUGUGUCGCCAAUAUCUAUGCCAGCGUUCAUCUGUUAGUAUUUACUGGGUAGAUUACACCGAUUCCUAUAUUCAGUGUACUAGAAGUAUGGUCUGUAGAUAGAUUGACCAAUCGGCAGUGAUGACUAGUUUCUUUGAAGAUUUUGGUGGUGUUUAUGACCUAGAAGUUGUGCACCAGUAUCUGUGGGUAUUUUGUUUCCGAAUUCUCCAACUGUUCCUGGUUUAAGAACCUGACUUCUUAAUGUAGUGUCCUGCCUUGUUCAUUCACAGAUGGAAAAAUGUUAGUGUAGCCCGUGCCCUGCCUCACUUAUUCACUGAUGGACAAGAGUUAGUGUAGCCAACACUUGGUACACUUUUAGAUCUACCUCUGAAUUUAAAAUUAUGGAUUGAUUUUUAAGUUAUUUGGAUGAUGAUGUUUCUGAAGUAGAUUUUAGAGAGGCAACAAGAUGUUUCUCAAGUUUUAUAGUUUUUAAUUGACACAGAAAUUGUGAAGGCAUAAAUUACAAAACCUUGCAUCUUACACCAAAUCAUUGUGGAUGUGUGUUUUUCGUGCAUUGUGCUACAUGCUCUGCUGUUGUGUGUGCCUUUUUAGAGGACAUUGAGUCAAUGUCAUUUCCUAAAUAACUCCAUGGUAUAUGUGUUUUUAUCAGCAUGUAGUCUCACCUUCUUUGUAACCCCCUGCCCCCGUUAUUUAUACUGUAGUCUCACUUUCCUUGUAAUCCCUGCCCCCCGUUAUUUGUACCUAGCAGCCCUACAAUCAUGCCUUCCUGGGUCCAGCUUUAACUUCACCUCACUAAUUUCUUGAGGAAGCAUUCGUUCAACCAGUCUGUGGUCUAAUAUUCUAACAUUUUGUGUAAAUUAUUUCAUAUAUUUAUAAGUAUUAUAGAAGGUUGUAUACUUAUAUUUUUAAUCAAUUACUUAUUUAAUAGCAUGCAAGAGCAUAUACAUAUAUAGGAUUUGGGAACUAUGCAAAUCCCAGACAUUGUGUUGAGAUUUAAAAUGUAUGUGUAUCCUAUUUAAAGCUUUUGCUGUCUUGUUAGGAUGAUGGAUAUAUUUGAGUCAUCUUGGUAUGUCUAAUGUCUGUCGCCCCCCUCUCUCUCACACCGAUAUGAGCCACCCUGUUGUCCAGUGUCUCCCUAUAUAAACUUGAGUGGAUGGUAGUCAUUAGGCCAAUAGAAACCAGGCUUCCUGUACAAGUAGAGUGCUUAGUUGUACACUUGUUGCAUAAUUCAAGAUACUGAACAACAAAUGCUGAAAAUUCGAUAACAUUUUGAGAUGUAUAAAAACAAAGGUUAGCAGAGUAAUUAAACUGAUAGUGUUCUAAAUUGUGAAAUAGAAGUAGUGAUUUGAUUGGCAGCACAUUUUUACCUAUUGUGAUCUGUGUAUGUCUGCAUAGAAAUGACCUCGUAUUUUUAUUGUAUCUAAGUAGCACAUUGUAAUACAUGAAUACUUGACCAUUUGUACUGACAUUUUGAUUAAAUUAUGAAUGUACUA